AUGGCAGGAGAAAGAAUUAUGAAGGGGCAUAUCUUGGACUUUGCCAUCCAGAUGAAGAAGCUUGUUAACAACAAAGAACACAGUGAUAUCAAAUUUUUAAUUGGACCAAACAGAAAGCCAAUAUAUGCUCACCGAGCCAUUUUGUCAGCCCGAUGUGCAAUCUUUAAGGCAAUGUUUGCAGACCAAGCACAGCGAGGCUCCAGUGGAGAUAAAGAUGUGCCAUGUGUCUUGUCUGAUAUGUCACCUGAUGUAUUCCUAGCCAUGUUGGAGUUUCUUUACACAAACUGUGUAACACUUACACCUAAAAUCGGAAUUGAUAUACUGGCAACAUCCAUAGAGUAUGGAUUGGAUGAGCUGAGAAGGUUGGCAUCUGAGUACCUUGUCGAGAAUUUGAGUGUACAGAACGCAACAGAGUGUUUACAGGCAGCUGUCACAUAUGGCCAGGAUGUUUUACGCAACGACACAAUUGUCUUUAUAGAUGAACACACAGAGAAUGUGUUCAAGUCCAAAGGUUUCCAGGAGCUGUCUGAGGAUGCUUUAGUGGAACUAUUGGGAAGUGAUGGUUUACAGUUGGAUGAGCUAGAUAUCCUCAACUACGUUAAGGAAUGGGCCACCGUUAAUGCUGUUGUAUUAAACAAAUCUGUGAGUGAAGUGGCACGUAGAGUAAUUCCCCGGAUCAGACUAGCAUUGCUGGCUUCAUCAGAGAUUGAGGAACUGGAGAAGGAUAACAAGAAAGAUCACCUCAUACCUGUUGAAUGCUUUAAUAAUUCCUGGAAAUUUCAUGCAAUGAAGAAAGCUGAAGCUGAUAACCCGCUUCAGAAGAAAAGGGCAGGAACUAUGAACAGAGAACACCAUUCAUACCUGGCACACUGAGAUGUUGAGGAAUAAGAUGACAGUGCUUCAUAGAAUUAUUUACAUAUAACAAUGUGAUAUAUUAUUGACUGGUUCUGAUUUUAAAUGACUGGCUAGCUUCAAAUCACUCAGAGAAAUGUUGUUUUUUUCCCAAAUGUAUGGUUUUAAAGUAGGAUAGUUUGUACGAUUGAGCCCAUUUUUAAAAAGAAACAUAACUCAUCUUACAAUUCUUUGAAGUUUUUGUUCAAGUUGGCCAGAACAUUUAAGAAAGCAGCUGAAGGCAAUUUGAGAACAUGAAAAUCUGAACAAGGUAUGAUCCUCUGAGCUUUUGACUGGGUGUAUCAGAUGGUGCUCUGUGUAAUGUUGUAGAGCCAAUAAUGGUAAGUCUUCCAAAUUUGGAGUGAGUCUUGCCAAAAGAAGCUUGAUGGGAUCUAGCAUCUCAUAUCACUUAAGUUGAUAUAGAGAAACAAAUAAUAUGACCUUGUCCCAAAUAUUUCUCAUCUAGAGCUCACAU